GACAGACAGUAUACGAGGGACGAACGUUCUCCAUGAGGACGGAGGAGCCGGGAUGAGAGGUGAGGAGGAACAAGACAUACAAAGCUUUACAAUGACUACCUGAUACUGAAGAGGCACGCACGCUUUCCGGUAUUAUGGAACCACCAUUCGAUCGGCACAGUCCCUUUCCGAUCACAUCCUUCCUACCAUUUUUAGCUUAGCAAGCGGCAAGGAGAUAGGCGUGCUAUAGCACCGUGCCACUUGCAUUGCGUUGUGAUGUUAUCCUGCUGCCUUUGUCAAGCGUCUCUUGCUAUUGUCGCGUGCCCUACCCGGACGCCCCUCUGCCUCUCCCUGGAACCAUUAUCGCAAUGGCUGGUAACUAGGCCGGGUACCUGAAUUGUUGCAAGCAUAUUUUGGUGGAGGCGGCAACUUUGAAGAAAGAGCGAAAGGUAUAGGUCAGCAGCGCAAUGGAUCCCAACGAAGCCGUUAUCGAGGCCGACGUGGAGCUUGAUCAAGCCGCGCGGUUGAGAAGGCACCUCAACGAUGGCGAACAGGCAGCACAGGCAUCAAAAGGCGGCGUUCAAUCACGCGGUAGGAAGGCAAAUGACGAGCAAGAAUCGGACGAGGAGCAGCCACUGUUGCAAGAGGAUGGCAGGAAACAAUCAUGGGCGGGCACGGAGGACUUUUCGCAUCUGCCUUGGUACAAGAGACCGUCGAUACUCUGGGUGCUGUUUCCAUUUCUGUUGAUGACACUGGCGUUUGGAGGCUCAAUCACCCCCAAAGUCAACCUCAUCUUGCAGUUGGUCUGCCGGGAGUACAUCUCAGACAGACAGCUGGCAGAUCCCAAUUUUACCAUGGUGCCGGUGGACUUUGCUGGUGGGGCCAACGAUCAAUGCCGCAUUCCGGAGAUACAAUCACGAGUUGCGAUAUUCUCGCUCUGGGGCAGCCUCAUUGCGGGCUUGCUGUCCGCUGUCACCAGUCCGAAGCUGGGUGCACUCUCAGACCGCUAUGGACGCAAGCCGAUCCUCGUAAUUACAAGCUUAGGAACGAUCUGCGGAGAAGUUCUGACCAUCUUUGCUGCUCUUUAUCCUGAGACGUUCCCAGUCAACCUCCUGCUGCUUGGCUUCGCGAUGGAUGGUUUGACUGGCUCGUUCAUUGUGGCCAUGGCGAUUGCGAACUCGUACGCGUCGGACUGCACGCCGCCGCAGAGACGCAACGUCGCUUUCGGAUACUUCCACGGAUGUUUGUUCACUGGUAUGGCCGCCGGCCCGAUCAUAGCAGGCUAUCUGGUCAAGUAUACUGGCAAGAUUGUCAUCGUCUUUUACAUCCUGCUCGCAGUACACCUCUUCUUCGUCUGCUUCAUCGCUUUGGCGGUCCCCGAGUCGCUCUCGAAGAAGAGAAAGGAGGCUGCGCAAGAGAAGUACUCCACCGAGCUCGCUGAACUCGGUCCGACCGCAGACUGGAUCUCAUGGGUGCGCCAUCUUAACUUGCUCGCGCCGCUGAGCAUUCUCUGGCCGAAGGGUCCGCAUGCCACUCCAGCAUUACGGUGGAACUUACUCGUUCUCGCAGCUGUGGAUACGAUCGCUUUCGGGGUCGCCAUGGGUAGCAUCACCGUCGUCCUCAUCUACACCAAUUACGAGUUUGGAUGGAAGACUUUCGAGCAGUCACGGUUCUUAUCGAUUGUUAAUGCUUGCCGGGUCUUCUGCUUGAUCGUCGUCCUGCCGCUCUUAACACGGUGGAUACGAGGGAAGCCGGAUAUGCGCCGUAGGAACAGUGGCAGCGAUGUCUUCGAUCUGAUGGUCAUUCGGGUCGCUAUCUUGUUCGACACGAUUGGCUAUCUAGGCUACGCCCUAUCGCGAGAGGGCGGUCCAUUCAUCCUUUCUGGUGUUGUUGCUGCCAUUGGAGGCAUCGCGGCACCGACGCUGCAGUCAUCCUUGACGAAGCAUGUGCCUGCCGAACAGACGGGUCAGCUGCUGGGAGCGAGCGGGCUGUUGCACGCAUUGGCCAGAGUCGUCGCCCCAACCAUCUUCAACGCCAUCUACUCUGCGACGGUUGGCAAGUUCUCCCAGACAGUCUACGUGUGCUUGGCGGCUACAUUCGGGCUGGCGUUUGUGAUUAGCUGGUUCCUCAGACCACAUGUCUAUAUGGAUCCUGGUGACAUGCAUACUGCGGGUAAUGAACCUGGACGGGCUGGUACAUCUUCCGAAACGGACGAUGGCAAGUCGCGGAUACCGAUCGUAUCGUCAGUUAUGGCUGUAUUUGAUGCAGCCAAGGCCCACGUUGUCCGGAGAAGCUGAGCGUGUACAGCACAUUUUACAUUCCAUAGUAGCGGAAUAGACUUGUACAUAUAUCCGCAACGGAGAACGACAUUAUCGACUGCAGUCACCGACAUUUCAGUCCCGGCAAGCCCCUACCCCAUACACUAUUACAGCG